UCGAAGCUUAUAAUAGUGAUUCUAGUAACAACGAAUCCGAAAAUAAACAAACCUUUCUUCAAGAAGAUGCCGUAACUGUUGAAUUAGAUUCAACACAUUCUUCACAGAAUUCUAUUCCAUAUGCUUCUUUCAAUAAACAAAAAAGAAAAAGAUCAAUAGAGGGAACAAUUACACGUUUUUCACACAGUCAACAUUCAACAGAAAUUCCACAAAAAAAAGUUAAAGGUUAUAUUUCAAAGCGCGAGAAGUUAAAACAGGAGGCCGAAAAGUUAAAAGCUAAUACAAAUGAACACUCAAUAGCAGUAAAUCAGGAGAACCGUGAUACGGUCUCUUAUGUUGGAACCUUACUGAAGCUACCUAAUCUAAUAAUUUCUGCAUUAGAAGACACUCGGGAUGAAAGUAAAGCCCGUUUUAAUACUAUUCCAAAACAACAAAUCAUUUCUCUUAAAACUGAACAUGUUAAUGGAGUGAAUUCUAUUUUAUGGUGUGGUUCAUUUGGUCAAGUGUUGGCUUCAGCCUCUAUGGAUGGUACUGUUCGAAUAUGGGAUGUAUUUAGAUCAAAGCAAUGUGUUCGAAUUUUACGUCAUGAAGGGGCAGUAAAAGACAUUCGGUGGGAUCAUACUCGUAACCAUAUACUUUCAGGAGGAUACGAUAAGAUCGUAAAAUUAACUGACAUUGAAAAAGGAACUAAAAUUCAGUCAUUCCCACAUUCACAUAUAGUCACUUCACUUCGUUAUCAUCCUACGCAAUCAAAUAUUUUUGUUUCAGGCAUGAUAAAGGAUGGAAUAUAUUCUUGGGAUAUUCGCUCUAAUAAAAUUAUUAAAGAAACCAAAAAAUUUUGGGGAAGCGUUAACGAUUUAGAAUUUUUUCCUGAUGGUAAUAGUUUACUCACUUGUUCUGAUUAUGUUGUAAGGAAUGCCUCUGACAAGAAUAUUGUAGUUUGGGAUUAUGAUUCACUUACAACUAUAUCAAAUCAAAUUUAUCAAGAAACAUAUUCAUGUACCGCUUUAAGGAUCCAUCCUUCCAAGAACCAUUUUAUAGCUCAAUCUAAUGCAAAUUAUAUCCCAAUAUUUGGAAUGAAUAAACCUUGGAAGUUGGAUAAACGCAAGAGAUUUGAAGGACAUUUAGUUAAUGGACAUCCAAUUAAAUGUAAUUUUUCACCCGAACCAGAUUUGGGUCGUUUCAUUGUUUCGGGUGAUUCAAAUGGUGGAUUAUGCGUGUUGGCAUCCUGUGUUAAAUGGGGUGGUUGCGAGUUGUGGUUGGGAUUGUAA